UUAUUCACACCUUUUAUAUUCGUUUAAUAUACUUUUGUUAUUAUAUUAAUAAGUACUACAUAAUUUAACUAAGAUCUUAAAGCUUCUGGAAUUUGAUGUAAUAUCAUAAUGAUUUUAGUAAGAUGCAAACAAAUACAAACGAAUACAAACAUCGGAUGUUUCGGUCAGAAAGUAUUGCUAAGUAAAAACUUUUCCUUAAGUACGCGAAUGGUGACAAACAAUGAAGUAACAAUAUUUGGUCACAAGUAUAAAACGGAUAAGCGGACAAAUAUCACUAAAAAUAUAAUUUCUAAAUUAGGAAGAAACUUACAUCUUUCUCUAUAUCAUCCUCUAUCUCAUAUUCGUCAGCGUAUUAUUAACCACUUUUACAUGCAUUUUCUUAAUCGUAUUGGAAAUCCUACUUUCAGUGUAUAUGAUAAUAUUUCUCCUAUAGUUACAGUAGCUAAAAAUUUUGAUUCUCUUCUUGUACCAGAAGAUCAUGUCAGUAGGAAGGAUAGUAAUUGUUAUUAUAUAAAUCAAAAUACUUUACUAAGAGGCCAUACAACGGCUCAUCAGACAGAGCUAAUUUCCAUGGGUUUAAACAAUUUCCUUGUGAUAGGAGAUGUUUAUCGUAGAGAUGAAAUAAAUUCCACACAUUAUCCUGUGUUUCAUCAAGUAGAUGGUGUCAGAUUAUGUACAGUAAAGGAGGUAUUUCAAAAUGUGAACAUUUUGGAUGAGUUAAGGUUGUUUGAACACAAGGGUAUAGAAACUGAUGAGAAACAAGCUUGUCAUACUUUGGAAUCUGUAAAAAUAAUGGAACACGAAUUAAAAAGUACUUUAAUUAGCUUAGCACAAACACUUUUUGGAUCAGAAGUUCAGUGCAAAUGGGUUGAAGUGUACUUUCCUUUUACUCAUCCCUCGUGGGAACUAGAAAUCUACCAUAAGGAGCAAUGGCUUGAAAUAUUAGGUUGUGGUAUUAUACGACAGAAAAUUUUACUAAACUCUGGUGCAGGAGAACGCAUUGGAUGGGCAUUUGGAUUGGGUUUGGAAAGAUUAGCUAUGUGCGUAUAUGAUAUCCCAGAUAUUAGGUUGUUUUGGAGCAAAGACAUCGGCUUCUUAAAUCAAUUUAAAGUCGAAGAUCCUAAUGCAGUAAUAAAGUAUAAGGAAAUUAGUAUUUAUCCUUCUUGUAAAAAUGACGUAAGUUUUUGGUUGCCUGAAAAUGAAUAUUAUUCACAGAACGAUUUUUACGAUAUAGUAAGAGAGAUUGGUGGUGAUUACAUAGAACAAGUUAUAUUAAAAGAUGAAUUCACUCACCCUAUAACUAAGAAACUAUCGCACUGUUAUACCAUAGUGUAUAGGCAUAUGAAUCGUACAAUGAUGAAACGAGAAGUGAACAAUAUCCAUAAUCAAAUAAAAAAACUUGCAGUUGAGAAAUUACACGUUACAAUGAGAUAAAUAAGAAAAUGAAUAAGUUAAAGAAAUAAAUUAUUCAUGUAUUAUUUGUUAUGUUUCUUCUAUAAUACCAAUAAUACUGUAUGUAUAAAUUAAAUUAAAAAAAAAAAAAAGAA